AUGUGUGCAAAAAGUAAUUUACUGUUUUCAGAGGAGCUGCCCUUGCGCAAUAGGCUUUCUAUUUAUCCGUUAGUACCAGUGCCUCUAAUACUUUGAGAAAAAGUUUCAGGGAUUUCAGACUUAUAGAAAGUAUAUCUUUCUGUUGAGCUCUGCAGACUACAUCACAACAGAUUUGUCCAGAUCUUUGAUCUACAACAGCACAGAAUGCGCGGACUUUAUGCCGUUUUACUCUUUUUCAUCUUUGUCUGCUGCAUCAGGGCUAAGAAGAUGCGGUGGUGCACAGUGUCAGAUCCUGAACAGAGGAAGUGUGCAGAACUAGCUAAAGCUCUGGUGGCAGUGCUGCCGCCAGCUGAUGUGGCUGCUUUUGCCAGACUCUCGUGCAUACGAGCGUCCAGCACGACUGACUGCGUCGAUAGAAUCAGGGCAAACCGUGCUGAUGUAGUAACGUUAGAUGCAGGAGAAGUUUAUUCUGCUGUGAAGCAGUUUGGCCUAGUUGCCAUCGCCAAGGAGAUAUACAGUGACGGAGGCUGUAUUCUGUCUGUGGCUGUGGUGAGAAACAUCAGUUUGGACAUAAGAUACCUGCAGGGCCAAAGAAGCUGUCACAGUGGGGUCCGAUGGACGGCUGGAUGGAGUCUUCCACUCGGCUUCUUAUUGUCCCGCAACUACCUGAGCUGGUCAAAAGAGCAGCCACUCAGUCAGGACGUCAGUACCUUUUUCAGUGCCAGCUGUGUUCCCGGGGCUUCUGCCAUGGCACCACCUCUAUGCGCUUUGUGCCAAGGCCAGAAGUCCUACAUUCGCCAGAAGAAUUACCACUGCGAAACGUCCCACAGUGAGCCCUUCUACAACAGCCAAGGGGCCCUCAGAUGUCUCAGGAGUGGGACAGGAGAUGUUGCAUUUGUGGACCAUUUAGCUCUUGAAAGUAUUGAAGAUAGUGAUAGAGAUGAGUUCAGGUUACUGUGCACAGAUGGCACACAAGCUCCUCUCAGCCACUACAGAAACUGUAAUCUGGGACGUGGUCCAGGAGGCGGCAUGGUCACCAGAUUUAACUUUCGCAAGAUUGCUCGCAAAUUUCUCACGGUGGUGCAGAUGCUAUUUGGCCAACGAGGAAGAGAGAUGCAGCGCUUCCAGCUCUUCAACUCAUCUUCUUUUGGAGAAAACGACCUUCUCUUUAAAGAUGUGACAGAUAAACUAGCUGUUCUGCCAGAUGAUGUGGAUGUCAGUCAGGUGCUGGGGCUCGAUUAUGUGGCACUCCUCAAAGGUCUCGGACAUGAAGGAAGUUCACUGGAGGACAGUGUUGUGCGAUGGUGCUGUAUUAGCCAGGCAGAGCAGAAGAAAUGUGAGCAGUGGGCUCUCAGUAUAAAGUCAGACCCGCUGGUAUGUGUCAGAGCCGUCUCAUUGCGCGACUGUAUCGAGAAAAUUAAGAGGGACGAGUUGGACGCCGUCUCGCUGGAUGCAACUCACUCUUUCAUCGCAGGAAAAUGUGGCCUUGUCCCCGUGGUUACAGAAUAUUAUGGAGGAGAAUGUGUUCCUGCUGAGGGAGCAACCCACUUAGAGACAGACGUGUUGCCCUCAGUGGUGGGUGUGGCUGUGGCAAAGCGCUCCAACAAAAACAUAUUCAUCGGCAACCUCAGAGGUCGGCGCUCCUGUCAUGGCCACAUGUACAGUCCGGCAGGCUGGCUGCUGCCAUACAGACACACGUUAAGCCUGGAGCAUAACAGUAGCUCCCCCUGUGAUCCAAACCAAGUGUACAACGAUGUGUUUUGGAAAGGCUGCCUCCCUGGCUCUCAGGGGAAUCUGUGUAAAGUGUGUCUGGGAGGCACAGGGGAGGCUGCCACCAAACGCUGCGCUGACAACCACAACGAACGUUACUAUGGCAACAUGGGCGCAUUAAGGUGUCUGGUUGGAGAUCCCAGUGGUAAAAGCUACGGUGACGUGGCCUUCCUCGAGCAACACAACCUUCUUGCCAACAUCCUCAGUUUGAGUUCCACCGGUUGGGCAGAGGGGUGGACGUCAUCAGACUAUGAGCUGCUGUGCGGUGAUGGUCGUCGGGCCCCGUUGUCAGAGUGGGAGAGCUGUAACCUCGGAGUCAUCCCACCGAACAUCAUCAUGACACGGCCGGUGCUCACGGCGCGAGUGUACGACUUCCUCAUGAAGUCACAGGAAACUUUGGCAGCCAACCCAAACGCAGAGUUCAAGCUCUUUGAGUCUCAGCAAUAUGGAGAAAGUGAUCUGCUGUUCAAAGACGCAACUCAGUGUUUUGUACACACAAGCCACAUGGACUACCGCUCCAUCCUUGGAGAGGAAUUUUACAGUCACGCAGAAACUGCCUUCAACUGCACACGCUCUGAUAUCUUGGAGUUUUGUAAUCAAGACGUGUGCAGCAUAUUCUAAUGGACACACAGAAGGAAACGUUACCUUUCUCUGUGCUACUGUGUGCAGUGGUUCAACACUUCAUCCACUAACUUGUUUCGUCCAUAUCUGAUGACUGUAUUCCUUUUGUAUUUUUAGACCUG